AUGUUGCCCGUCAAUUGGGCCGAGAAUGCUGCAUGGAAAUUUGCAAAGGAGCAUGGCAUUGACACAAUCACAAUUCAUCCAGGAUUGGUCAUUGGUCCUCUCUUGCAGCCAUCUAUUAAUUCGAGCGCCGUUUUGUUCCUCAACCUAUUAAAGGGGGUUGAACCAUUUCCUAAGGCAACAUGUAGCUGGGUUGAUGUUAGAGAUGUUGCCAAUGCACAUGUUCUUGCCCUUGAAACCCCUUCUGCAAGUGGAAGAUAUUGUCUGGUUGAAAGAUGUGCAAAUGCCUCUCAGAUCAUCAAGAUUUUGCAUGAGCAUUACCCAACUCACCAAUUUCCUGAUAACAGAAUGUCAAACAAUACCAACCUUAUCAGCCCAAACUACAGAGCCUCCAAUGAGAAGGCAAAAAGGUUGGGAGUUCAAUUCACUCCUUUGGAGGUCAGCCUAAAAGAUGCUGUUGAAUUCUUCAGGGAGAAAAAUUUAGUCAGUAUCUGAGCUAUGGCAUUGAUUUACUAUUGUAUUCAAACUAUUAAAUUAAAUAAACCAGCUAGUUAUCUCAGCUGGCAGGGGUCACCCUGUAUGUUUAUUUGUCCCACCAUAUUUGAGUUAUUAUUCCCACCAUUUAUGUGGAUUUAUUUGUAAUAUAUUUCUCAUAACU